AAGUGGCGGCGGCUGCGGAGGAGCGGCGGGGCGGGGUGGCGCGGCACCGGAGCCCAGCGCGCGGAGCCAGCCCUCAUGGCGACGCCGGUGCCCGCGGGCCCCGAGGACGACCCCUCGGCCGCCCUGGAUGAGCUGUCUCGGAACUUCACAUACUGGGCGCCGGGCCCGGGCAACGGCUCGCUGUCGAGCGCCUGGUACCGCAGAAACCAGGUUCACCUUUUUGGGGUUUUGCUGGCUAUUUUAGGAAACCUGGUCAUCAGCAUUUCCCUAAAUAUCCAGAAAUACUCUCAUCUUCAUUUAGCCCAGAAAGAGCUCCCAAAGCCAUACUUUAAGAGUGUGCUUUGGUGGAGUGGAACCCUGCUGAUGGCCAUAGGAGAGACGGGCAAUUUCGCAGCCUAUGGAGUCGCUCCCAUCACUUUGAUCGCUCCGUUGGGCUGUAUGUCGGUUACAGGUAGUGCCAUAAUUUCUGUUAUAUUUCUAAGAGAAAAUUUGAGAGCCUCAGAUUUGCUAGGUAUGACUGUGGCAUUUGCAGGAACAUAUUUAUUGGUGAAUUUUGCUCCAAAUAUGUCCCAGGCUAUCUCAGCAAGAACAGUACAGUAUUACUUUGUUGGCUGGCAGUUCCUGGUCUAUGUGAUCUUAGAAAUCCUGGUUUUCUGCAUUCUUCUGUAUUUCCAUAAAAGAAAAGGAAUGAAGAACAUUGUGGUCCUGCUCACCCUGGUGGCACUCCUUGCCUCAUUGACUGUGAUUUCAGUGAAAGCUGUCUCAGGCAUGAUCACUCUUUCUGUGACGGGUAAAAUGCAGCUAACUUACGCCAUCUUCUAUAUCAUGCUUGUUAUCAUGAUAGCCUCUUGUGUUUUCCAAGUCAAGUUCCUGAAUCAAGCCACAAAACUCUACACGAUGACCACAGUGGUUCCAGUCAAUCAUGUUUUCUUUACAACCAGUGCCAUCAUCGCAGGCAUCAUAUUCUACCAGGAAUUCCUUGGGGCUGCUUUUCUCACUGUAUUUAUAUACCUUUUUGGGUGCUUUCUGUCAUUCCUUGGAGUAUUUUUGGUGACAAGAAAUAGAGAAAAUGAACAUCUACAACAGUCUUUUAUUGAUUUUGGGAAUAUUCCUGGGAAACAAAUGUUGGACAAAAUACAACCAGAUUCAAAUGGCUUAUCCUAUGGAACCUUGCCUGAUGGAAGUGACUCAACACCCAGCCAAAGUGGAGAGAAGAAAGAAGCCUAAAAUGCCGAGAGGGAUGGCUGUCGGCCGGUUAUUCAAUACCACCUUUUUUAAAAAUUGCACACUUCAAUUUGUGUCAGCAGCUAUUUCACGCUGACAUGUGCGCACAUUCGGUUCAGCCCUCCCUCUCCCCCACUGCGGACAAUCAGGGCCCUCCUAAUCUCUAACAGUCUAAUGCUUUCAUGGAAUGUUACUCAAAGUGCUUCCCACACCCUGAAUCUCUCCCUAGCGAGCAUCCAACAGGCUGCAUCUUAAUGAGAGCCUGGCUGCUCGAGCAGGAUGUCACACAAAAAUGUGCGCUUGAGAUUUGGCCAUAGAAGGCAUAGGUUGCUCCUCCGCGAGGCUUGCAGAGUCAGCUUCAACAAAACACCCGCUGCUG